AUGCUCGUCACUCAACCCAUUCGUCCACGGCCGAUCAAGACUCGGUCGAGAGCAGGGUGCAAAUACUGCCGUGACAAGAGAAAAAAGUGCUCAGAAGAACGUCCACAAUGUCUUCGUUGUGUGCAGGCCGGUAUAGUCUGUGUCUACGAGCCUAUAAAGAAGAGGAAGAGAAGAACUUCGACCCGGCCAGUUGACACUCAAGACUCUAUGGCGUCAGACGACUCAAGUAGCCCGACGGGCGGCAACACGGACUUCCAGACAAGCCCAGAUACGAAUAUUGUCACUCCACCCGAUGUCUUACAACUAGGUGUAGAAGAAACUUUGUCCCCAACUUCGGCCGUAGAAAGCAGUUAUUCUACUUCGAUAAAUUCGGCAUUUGCAUUAUCCGAAGACCUCGACGACACAGGCAGCUAUGAUGAUGACUCACAAUAUUUUGAGGACGGGUUCGAGUUGAUGGGGGAUCUGGGUUGUCAGAAAGCAGCUGAGGCCCACCUCCCGCUCUCUCUUGCGACUUUAGACCAGAGUUAUCAGCAGCCAACAGAUGAUUCCUUUUUCAGCGCCAGUUUCGACGUAUCUUGGAAUGAGCAGUCAUGGUCAACUGCAUCCCCGCCCUUGCUGGACCUGCUCCCGCCGACCGGUCGUAACAUCUUCGAUUUCCCAGAGAAUACCGGCUUGUUAGACCACUACUCCAAGGUCAUGCUCCCGACAAUGGGGAGUUCAGCCGUUCGAAGUGCGAUCUACGCGUUGGCCAGCGCACAUCGUGAAUAUAGCGGUCUUGAGACGACGGAGGGAUCUGCAUGUUUUCAUGAAAGAGCCGUGGCUGGCCUGUCUGCGAUUAUCGAGGAUGGAGAUGGGUUCGAAGAAGCUCUGGCGACGAUCAUCUUACUCAUUCAGUACGAUCUGGUUCUACAGCGGAGCUCGGACAAAGUGGUGUAUAAUCAUCUUCAAGGCGCCCGCCACAUCAUUUGUGCCAUGCCAUCCCCCAAGCCUGCGAGUGUGUUGUUCUUCGACCAGGUAUUUCGCUACUUUGAUGUACUCAAUGCCUUGACGAACGGCACGUCUCCUGUCUUCGCAGCUCCCUCAAGUCGAGCCUACUCGCCAAGUACACCGCCACCAUUCAUCAUCCCUGGUGGAAUCGAUCCAGUGUUGGGAAUGGCUGAUGAUCUUUGGCCCACUCUGCACCGUCUCGCAGAGCUCAUGGCGAUGAAACGCGAGCUUCAAGCCGCCACAGCGAUGGGACAAACAUCUAAGUUCGCCGUCCUGCGUACCGAAUACCAAACGGCAUACAAGGUAAUAGAGAAGGCCCUGGAGUCGUGGGGUCCGACACUGCCACCAGGCUUUUCCCUGGUUAACCGUAUCGUCGACGGCCCCGAAACCGCAUCAGAGGUCGAGCUUGCCAACAUCCGGUGGAUCACAAGCACGGCACUCGCAUACAGACAGAGCGCCCUGGCCUUUCUUUACAGCAACGUUUCGGAGUACCCUUCAUCACAUCGCCUCGUACAGAAACACAGUCAGGCCGCUUUGUGGCACUGUGCGGCGUCAGUGUCUCAUGGCGGAGCAGGACUUUCCAUGCUGUGGCCGCUCUUCUUCUCUGCUCGUCAUGCCAUAUGCAGCAGGGACCGAGGCUUGGUGCGUCAGGCGUUCACUGCCUUUGGCAGCAAGAAAGGUGUGGUCGACACGGAAAAGCCGUGGGCUGUUGUCAUGGACGUGUGGAGAAGGAUAGACAUGCGAGCAUACGGCAAAGAGCAAGUGGGUUCUGAGGCCUGUCCAGACUUGUGGAGGCAAGUUGCGGCAAGCAUGAAGUUUGGCCUUGUGUUUGGCUGA